AUGUCUCCUGAAGACAUAAAAAAUGAAACUAACAUCAUUAAACAAAUUGCUUUUAACAAUGGGUAUGACCCGAAUAUAGUAGAUAAACAAAUUGCCAAAAUUAAAACAAAAAGAGAAGCAAUCCAAGCUUACAAGAGUCAACCCCAAAAUCCCUCAACUAAUAAAUAUGUUUCCCUUCCUUACCUUGGCCCUUUUUCCUAUAAAAUAUCCAGGAUACUAAGCGGUUCUCAAAACAAUAUCAAACUGUCUUUUAAGAGCACUAAUUCAUUAGGUUCCAUUCUAAUCAACAACAAGCAAACCAUAGUCCCCAUACCCCAAAAAAAGUGGAGUUUACAAACUCAAAUGCUCAGAUUGUCCUGCCACAGUAUAUUGGUAAAACCAUUCGACCUCUUUCAACUCGCAUAA